AAUAUGGCCGACGCGUUGACGUUGACACAAAGUUUUCCCUGUGUCCCGGAUGUCGUACUUAUGUCCCGGAUGUGAUGCUGUUUAGUUGAGUGUCAACAUGAAAGAUGGCGACCCAUCACAGGCAAAACGCUGCUGGUCGGAGGAAAGUCCAGGUUUCCUAUGUGAUAAGAGAUGAGGUAGAGAAGUGCAAUCGUAAUGGGGUGAACGCCCUGCAACUGGAUCCGACUCUGAACCGCCUCUUCACCGCGGGCAGAGACUCCAUCAUCCGCAUAUGGAGCAUCAAUCAGCACAAACAGGAUCCGUAUAUAGCUUCGAUGGAGCACCACACUGACUGGGUUAAUGAUAUAGUACUCUGCUGUAAUGGAAAAACAUUGAUUUCAGCUUCAUCAGAUACUACAGUUAAAGUGUGGAACGCACAUAAAGGCUUCUGCAUGUCCACAUUAAGAACUCAUAAGGACUAUGUCAAAGCCCUGGCUUAUGCAAAUGACAAGGAGCUGGUGGCGUCCGCCGGGCUGGACCGACAGAUCUUUCUGUGGGACGUAAACACACUCACGGCUUUGACCGCCUCCAAUAACACAGUUACCACUUCCUCUCUGAGUGGGAACAAAGACUCGAUCUACAGCCUUGCUAUGAACCAGUUGGGCACCGUCAUAGUCUCAGGAUCAACCGAAAAGGUCCUAAGGGUCUGGGAUCCUCGGACAUGCGCUAAACUCAUGAAGCUGAAAGGACACACAGACAACGUGAAGUCAUUAUUAUUAAACAGAGAUGGUACUCAGUGUCUGUCCGGGAGCUCGGAUGGUACCAUACGACUGUGGUCUCUGGGUCAGCAGCGCUGCAUCGCUACGUACCGUGUACAUGACGAGGGCGUGUGGGCGCUGCAGGCCAACGAAGCCUUUACACACGUCUACUCAGGAGGACGUGACCGUAAGGUCUACUGCACAGACCUGCGCAACCCAGACAUCCGUGUACUCCUAUGUGAAGAGAAGGCUCCUGUUCUCAGAAUGGAGCUGGACCGCUCAGCAGACCCUCCUCCUGCCAUCUGGGUGUCCACAACCAAAUCUUGCGUUAACAAAUGGCCUUUGAAGGGAAUGCACAACUUCCGAGCAUCGGGGGACUACGACAACGAUUGCAGCGCCCCUCUGACCCCACUGUGUACACAACCUGAGCAGGCUAUUAAAGGUGGUGCCAGUAUUAUUCAGUGUCACAUCCUGAACGACAAGAGACACAUCCUCACCAAAGACACCAACAACAACGUGGCAUUCUGGGAUGUGCUCAAGGCGUGUAAAGGGGAGGACCUCGGCAAAGUGGAGUUCGACGAGGAGAUCAAGAAGCGCUUCAAGAUGGUCUAUGUGCCCAACUGGUUUUCGGUGGACCUUAAAACAGGGAUGCUGACUAUCACGUUGGAUGAGAGCGACUGCUUUGCCGCCUGGGUGUCCGCCAAAGAUGCCGGCUUUACAAGUCCGGAUGGUUCGGACCCGAAGCUAAAUCUAGGAGGACUGCUGCUCCAAGCUCUGCUCGAGUUCUGGCCUCGAACACACAUCAAUCAGAUGGAAGAGGAGGAAGGAGAAGUUAAUCACGUCAACGGUGAGCCAGAGAACCGGCUUCAGAAAGGCAACGGCUAUUUCCAGGUGCCUCCACACACUCCGGUGAUCUUCGGCGAGGCAGGGGGAAGGACGCUGUUCAGGUUGUUGUGUCGAGACUCCGGUGGAGAAACGGAGUCCAUGUUGCUUAAUGAAACCGUUCCUCAGUGGGUCAUUGACAUAACCGUUGACAAAAACAUGCCUAAAUUCAACAAGAUCCCGUUCUACCUACAGCCUCACUCAUCCUCCGGGGCAAAAACGCUCAAGAAGGACCGUCUGUCGGCCAGCGACAUGCUGCAGGUGAGGAAGGUGAUGGAGCACGUCUAUGAGAAGAUCAUCAACCUGGACACGGAGUCUCAGACCACAAGCUCAUCGGGAACGGAGAAGCCCGGAGAGCAGGAGAAGGAAGAAGACAUGGCCAUGCUCGCUGAGGAAAAAAUCGAACUCAUGUGCCAGGAUCAGGUUCUGGAUCCAAACAUGGACUUGAGGACCGUGAAGUAUUUUAUCUGGAAGAGCGGCGGAGACCUGACGCUUCACUACAGACAGAAGUCUACGUGAGGGUGAUGGCAGCAAACGUGUUUUUUUUUUUUUGUUUGUUUUCUUCGUCAGUUCGCUUACGGAGAGCGUUCAGCGCCAUUCCUCUUCUCUCGCCGUGAUCCUGGAAACAGACAUUGUACAGUAUGCUAAUCCAGGACAUUGCUCUCUUUUUAAAAAAAAAAAAAAAAAAAAAAAAAACAAAAUUUUUGUCACAUUUUCCUUUUUUUUUCUUUUCAUUUAAAUAUUUCCAGUCGGUUGAUGACGCAAGAAGACAUACAAGUUUGUUCACUCAAAGAAUUUCCAAACCUGCUUGGAAUUUCUGUUAAAGUAGUCCAGGAAAAAAAAAAAAGAAAUGCUAACGUCAGGUGGACGUGUCUUUUGACCGAUUGUGUCCGAGAUUAGUUAGCGUCAGACUUCUAAUUAACUCUAGCAUUAAUAACGUUAGAGAUCAAACCGUUUUUUUUUUUUUUAGUUAAAUAUCAAAAUAAAUCAUCCGGCAUCCGAAUCGAAUCCGAUGUUCAGAGGUACUUCAAAAGUUUCCAUCCAUCAGUUCCUCCUUCUUUUUCUUUCUAUUCAACCGUAAACAAAACCGACGUCCUUUUACGAAGCCCGGUCUGUUCGUUUUUAAAGACUUUAUCGUGAAUCUCUUCUUGUUUAUAGAUUAGUUUGCUUUCUUAUACUGGGUGAAUAAGAUGAACAGUAUUUUUGAAGAGGGACAAAACAAAAAAGGUCUCGGCUCAUGUGGCCUAGCUGAUUAUUCGUCAUCUUAAACAGGAGGUACAGUCAGGGUGUGACGUCUUACUUCUCCACCAAGUCAUCAUCUUAUCAUACCUGAUAUGUUCUGUAUGCAUUUCUGGCCACGAGCUUCAGGAUCUCACAGGUUUCACUCUGUUUAUUCCACACGACCACGGCUUCUUGAACUUUUUUUUAUUUUACUGUGUUAUCAUUUGUGCAAGACUGGACAAUAUAUAAAAAAAAGGGUAGAAAACCACAAAAUGAGGCUAAAUAUAAAUGAUGUAUAUAAAUAUUGUAUAUUUUGUAUUAUAGCUAGACAGAUAUUAUGUUAUAUGUAAUGUUCUUAACCUAAAUACAGGAUCAUGGAACUGUG